GGUACAUAAAGUGUUAAUACACAACGAGCCGAGACUCGAUAUGUUAAACAUCGAUUAGUAACACUCGCCACACUUAUUUACAUCGCACACAACAUUACGCAACUUAUCACUUUGUUUUUAUACCGAAGUUAUUUAUAUCUGACAAGUCAAACAUGAACUCAAAAACAGUGCGAAGUUUGGACGAAAUAAUCAAAAAUAAUUUGGAUUCGGAGCAGUUAAAGGAAUACAAUAGGAUACAUUAUGGAAGAAAGGAUCAUUCUGAAUUGAAACUUCAAGAUUCUACCAUAAAAGCUGGUGAGAAAUAUGGAUUCGAAGUCGCAGGAUUUUCUUUUAAUGCCGCAAAAGAGGUUAGGACCCCGAAGAUAGUCAAGGUUGGUCUAAUUCAACAUUCAAUUGUUCUGCCCACUAAUGAACCAAUUGAUAAACAGAAAAAUGCAAUUUUUGAUAAAGUGGAAAAGUUAAUUGAGACAGCAGCUUCGGAAGGCGUCCAAAUACUAUGUUUGCAAGAAGCUUGGUAUAUGCCAUUUUUCUUGUGCACUCGGGAAAAGGAGGAUUGGGCUGAGUUUGCGGAACUUGCAGAGAAUGGACCAAGUUUUCAAUUUCUAAGUAAGUUAGCUAAAAAGUUUAGCAUGGUCAUAAUAUCUCCCAUUUUAGAAAAUGAUAACGGCGUUUGGUGGAACACGGCAGUAGUUAUAGACGAAAAUGGGAACUACAUGGGAAAGCAUCGCAAAAACCAUUUACCCAGUGUUGGCAGUUUCAGCGAAACAUUUUAUUAUUUACCUGGCAACACAGGUCAUCCAGUGUUCGAAACAAAAUACGCUAAGAUUGCAGUUAACAUUUGCUACGGUCGUCACCAUGCUUUAAAUUGGUUAAUGUUUGGUCUGAAUGGAGCAGAAAUAGUUUUUAAUCCUGCAGCAACUAUUUCUGAAUUCGGUGAAUCAUUUUGGGGCAUUGAAGCUCGGAAUGCAGCGAUUGCUAAUAGCUACUACACUUGUAGCCUCAACCGAGUAGGAACAGAGGAUUUUACAACGAAACUCAAUCAGAAUAUUACUAGAAGUUAUUAUGGAUCCAGUUACAUUACAGCUCCCAAUGGAUUCAGAACUCCGGGCUUAUCAAGAGAUAAAGAUGGACUUCUUAUUGUUGCAAUGGAUUUGAAUCUAUGCCGUCAAGUAAAGGACCAUUGGGGUUUUAAUAUGACUGCUCGCCUUGAUCAGUAUGCUAAAGAAUUAAAGGAAGCACUGACAUUAGGUAAAUAAGUAGAUUGUGUACUUUAACAUGAUAAAGUGGUUAUAUGUAAUAAAUAUUUGAGAAUUA